UUUCAAUUCAUCCCUCGACAGUUAAAUGUCUUCCUCACGCUCAUCAAGAACGACAAAGCCGUCACAUGGAGCCAUGGCCUACGCGCCCUACAUUGACGAACGAGGACGCCGAUACGAACCCGUCGAUGAAAGCCGCAGUUACGAUCCAGGCGCGGAAACAUCAGACAGCGAGGAUGAGGAUGACCCAUCUGUACCGUCUUCGCCGAAGCGAAGAAGAAUGGAGCCUAGCGUCUCUCUCCAUCGUCGCAAGGGCCAGAGCGUGGAGGUCCGAAUACCCUCAACAACCGUGCAGCCUCCUCAAGCUCAAGCCCCGUCUUCUCUAACAGAUGAAAUGCUUCCGGCAAGGGCUGUUCAGCCAAAGCCAAAGCCAAAGCCAAGGUCCAUCAAAGACUUCUUCACUCCCACGAAGGACCCCCUCAACCGCGCGUCAGUAACCGCCACUCAGAAGGGAAGAGCCGCGCUUGAUAUCGUGCCAGACCAGGGCUUAUCAAGACAAGGAAAUCCCGCCGUUGCCAAGGAGGAAGAAGAGGAAUCAGAUGCAAGAAAUAAGAGAGCUACUAAAGUAGCCAAAGCUAGAAAGACAAAAGCAGAGUUAGAGGCUGUCUAUACAUACGACUACGAUCUAGAUGCAGCUAGAAGCGAACGUUAG